GGAAGAGGCUGUGUGUAAGGACGUUGGGGGCGGAAGUGACGGGAAGGUGGUAGUGGGGUAGUUGGCGGGUGGCUGAGCAGAGCCGGCCGCCAUGUCCGCGGGGAGCGCGGCACAUCUUGGAGCCAGCGGGCGCCGCAGCAAAUGGGACCAACCUGCUCCAGCCCCGCUUCUCUUCCUCCCACCGACGGCCCCCGGUGGGGAGGUUACCAGCAGUGGGGGAAGCCCUGGGGGCUCCGCAGCCGCUCCCUCUGGAGCCUUGGAUGCUGCGGCUGCUGUGGCUGCCAAGAUCAAUGCCAUGCUCAUGGCCAAAGGGAAGCUAAAACCGACUCAGAGUGCUGCUGACAAGCUUCAGGCCCCUGGCAAAGGCCUAACUAGCAGUAAAAGCAAGGAUGACCUGGUGGUAGCUGAAGUAGAGAUCAACGAUGUCCCUCUUACAUGUAGGAACUUGUUGACUCGAGGACAGACUCAAGACGAGAUCAGUCGACUUAGUGGGGCUGCAGUGUCAACUCGAGGGAGAUUUAUGACAACUGAGGAGAAGGCCAAAGUGGGACCAGGGGAUCGUCCAUUAUAUCUUCAUGUUCAGGGCCAGACACGAGAAUUAGUGGACAGAGCGGUAAACCGAAUCAAAGAAAUUAUCACCAACGGGGUGGUCAAAGCUGCCACAGGGACAAGUCCAACUUUUAAUGGUGCAACAGUCACUGUCUAUCACCAGCCAGCGCCCAUUGCACAGCUGUCUCCAGCUGUUAGCCAGAAGCCUCCUUUCCAAUCAGGGAUGCAUUAUGUUCAAGAUAAAUUGUUUGUGGGUCUAGAACAUGCUGUGCCCACUUUUAAUGUCAAGGAGAAAGUAGAAGGUCCUGGCUGCUCGUAUUUGCAGCACAUUCAGAUUGAAACAGGUGCCAAAGUCUUUCUACGAGGCAAAGGUUCAGGCUGCAUUGAGCCAGCAUCUGGCCGAGAAGCUUUUGAACCUAUGUAUAUUUACAUCAGUCAUCCCAAACCAGAAGGCCUGGCUGCUGCCAAGAAGCUCUGUGAGAAUCUCUUGCAAACAGUUCAUGCCGAAUACUCUAGAUUUGUGAAUCAAAUCAAUACUGCUGUACCUUUACCAGGCUAUACACAACCCUCUGCUAUAAGUAGUGUCCCUCCUCAACCACCAUAUUAUCCAUCCAAUGGCUAUCAGUCUGGUUACCCUGUUGUUCCCCCUCCUCAGCAGCCAGUUCAGCCUCCCUACGGAGUACCAAGCAUAGUGCCACCCGCUGUUUCAUUGGCACCUGGAGUCUUGCCAGCAUUACCUACUGGAGUCCCCCCUGUGCCAACACAAUACCCGAUAACACAAGUGCAGCCUCCAGCUAGCACUGGACAGAGUCCGAUGAGUGGGCCUUUUAUUCCUGCUGCUCCCGUCAAAACUGCCUUACCUGCUGGCCCCCAGCCCCAGCCCCCGCCCCAGCCCCCACUCCCAGCUCAGCCCCAGGCGCAGAAGAGGCGCUUCACAGAGGAGCUGCCAGAUGAACGAGAAUCUGGACUUCUUGGAUACCAGCAUGGACCCAUUCAUAUGACUAAUUUAGGUACAGGCUUCUCCAGUCAGAGUGAGAUUGAAGGUGCAGCAUCGAAGCCAGCAAGUUCCUCAGGCAAAGAGCGAGAGAGGGACAGGCAGUUGAUGCCUCCACCAGCCUUUCCGGUGACUGGAAUAAAAACAGAGUCUGAUGACAGGAAUGGGUCUGGGAACUUGACAGGGAGCCAUGAUUAUCCAGUCAAGAAGAUGAAAACUACAGAGAAGGGAUUUGGCUUGGUUGCUUAUGCUGCAGAUUCAUCUGAUGAAGAGGAGGAACAUGGAGGUCAUAAAAAUGCAAGUAGUUUUCCACAGGGCUGGAGUUUGGGGUAUCAGUACCCUUCAUCACAACCACGUGCUAAACAACAGAUGCCGUUCUGGAUGGCCCCAUAGGAAACGGAACAGAGUUGUGACCCUCGGUGACUCUUCUUUAGCAAUAAUGCAUGCAUUUGAUUUAACAAGACUCUGGGGCCUGUACUGAGAACCAUCUUGGACUUUUGAAGAAGUUAGAGAUGCAGUGUCCCCUUUCUUAAAGGGGUCUUAUUCAAACAUCUUUAUUUCUGCAGUGGCAUAGCAUCUGUCAAACUGUAUUAGAAUCACAAAUUUGUUUCAGAAAUUUUUUAACAGUUGGUCAAACGUGCUUGUUCAUCAGAGCAUCCCAACAGGGUCAUUCCAGUACACACUUGACCUGGUCCAGCCUUUUCCAAAUGAGUGGCCUCUAUUCUGAUGUAAAGAAAGUUUUACUACUGUUUGGUCGAUUUUGAUAACAAGUGGUUACAAACAAAGCCUUACUCAGUGCUUAAAUCUAAAAAUAACUCAUACCUAUUUCAUUUUUAGAUUAUUUCUGUUUUGGAAAUUGUGGUUUCACUAAUUUAAAACUGUUCGAUAUAGCUGGAUCCCGGGUAGGAAAAUGAAGGGUUUUUUCUUUUUUUCAUUAUGUUUUUUUAUUGGGAUGAUCCAAAGUUGGCACCUUCAGGCACUCUUAUCUCAGAAAGCCAUUGUUAUUUUUUAUUGCCUGUCUUAAUAAGCUCCUUGUCUUCAACUGGGUCAGAGAAAACUACUUGAUCAAAAUCUGGUCAGAACUCAUCAGAGAAAUGAAAUGCAGUGGUCUGUCUCUCAGAACUGGUUGCAGCUAAAAGAGAGAUUUGACUGCUCACAAUAGGAUGGUGGACUUGGUGACUAAAAUUGCAACUUGUCGUUUUUCUUGGCAUUACAAGUUUUGCCAAAAGAACUUUUUUGUAUCAAAUAUUGAUGUGUGAAAGUAAAGGGGCUAGUCUGUGAACCAGGAGUAGUUUGAGAUACCGAACUGUUAUUUUUGCACAUUUGAAUACUUUGCAGGCUGGCUUUGUAAGAACUUAUCCUCUGGUUUCCUAUAUGUUGUAAAUAUUUAGACCAUAAUUUCAUUAUAAAUAAAUGUAUAAAUAUUC